AGGGAAUCCAUCACUAAAUACAGACUGAUACUUAGCCAAACUAUCUGACUCAUUUCUCACAAGACAUCUAUCACCAUUUGUUUUGCUUACCAGUCUUCUCUCUUUCUCUUUCCAUAAUGGGUAGCAUCAGCAGCAAUGACCAGAUCAAAUAUCUCUUUCAUCACCUGUUCCUGCCUCCACAGUUACCAGGCGGUGAUGAUAUGAGUGCCCCGAAUACUAUCUUCCUGGCGGAUUCUGUCCUGAAGACUCUGCAACGCUUUACCGUCAAGUUGGGAGGAAAAGAUGUGACGACCGCCGAGCCUGUUAUUUCGAUGUUGCAAACCAUGCGAGAUACGACGGACCCGAAAGGGCUUCUAGACUACGUCGGCGUUUAGAAGGUCUUGCAAGGCCUUUCCUUAGAUAGUAUAUACUUACAUUACUUUAUGUUAACCUUUCCAACAAAU